AUGUGCGUCCCUAUUAACUCCUACGGAGGGCGGGGCGUGGGGCAGAAGAAAAUGGGCCCUGAAAUGCAGGCUCACGCCAUUGUGUAUCCAAGCUAUAUAGAUCCACCUCCUGGGCCGCCGCCAGAAGAGCCUCGAUUCACAAAAAGACCGAUCGCCGUGGAUCUCAACCAAGGUCACGACUGGGAAGCUGCCAGCCCAAUCCAUUUCGGAAAGUCGCAAUCUGUCGAGUGGAACGUUAAAGUCAUGGAUAUUGGCUUCAUUGCUCAGAAGUCCCUGGCGGAUUUUGACGCGUUCUGGAGAGAAGAGUACUUCCCGUCAUGA